CGCCUUGCUGACCACAUCUCACACAAAACUUACGGUACACGUACAAUGCAGGAGCCCUGGAGUGAUAGUCAGUGCCAAUAUACCGAACUUUGAGGCCAUCAGCCGAGAUGGGCGAUUGACAGUUACUAUCCAGAACACGGGCACACUUCUGUCAGACUACAACGUUGUGGUACUAUGCACGUCUGGUAUACUGCCCAUCAGUCAGCAGCUGCGCACUGUGGCCUCCAAUGCACUAUCCGAUCUGCAGUUCCAGAUUUCCUCUGUGAUCGAUGAGUCUGUGGCACAUGAGUGCACAGUUGAGCUUGUGAGCAGUCAGUUCAAGCUGUUGGAUUCGCGCGUGGUGGGCUUUUCGACUGAGAAAACUGAAGAGACCGACGGCACACAAGGAGGCGAAGCACCCAGUACUAGUCCCAGCGAUGAGAGCUUCUUUGGCGACGGCUCCUUCUUCGAUUCGUUCUUGUAA